AAGACCUUCAGCAAAGUCUGAUUUCAUUUAAUUUAGAACACAUGGACUCUGACUUUUCCACAGAGCUCACUUCUUUGACUGAUAUAGAACAUGAUCUUAACCAGAAUGAGUCUAAACUCCAGGAAAAGGAAAGGCUGGUUCAGUCUUGGCAGCACAGAUGCAGCAAACAAGAUGCACAAUCUGUGAGCCCUGCUGAAGUACACCUUCUUGACAAGAUUAAACUUGAUUGCCAAAUCCUUAUAGAAGAGAUCAGCCUAUUAUAUCUAGAACGACGAAAGGCUUAUUUGAGGUCAAUGCAUCAGAUGUGCAAAGCCAAGGAGUCAUACACUAAGCAGAGCCUUGCACUGACCCAGCUGAUAACACCUCAGUCCCCUGGCUUACUGUUAGUUGCCCAGGAGACGUCAGGACCUGGGGGAUAUGGAUUUACAAUACGAUGGAAGGAAGGUCAUGGUCUACUAGUAGUGGAGGCUGUAAAUUCACAACUCUGCAUUAAUGACAGACUCCUGGAGGUGAACGGGGUGAGCGUGGUGGAUUGUGGAGAGGAAGAGUUGAAGCCAUUACUCAGCUGCCAGAGCUCCCGGAUUGUUGUUCUGCGAAAGUCUAAUCCUCUCAUUUCUCAGUUCUCAGUGGACAGUGGAACACAGCACCCAGCCUUCCUGAACCUGAAGAGACCAAGCCUAGGGGGAUUAGAAAGCCCCUGAAACCUCUCAGCAGUAGGAUGAGGGUCACAUCCCACAGAAAAUCUGCCUGGAGUCAAAGCCUGCCUUCCCUUACUCAUUGGGAGCCAAACAAUUAGUAUUGUAAGAAGAAGCAGGUCUCUUUCUCAGCUCUUUCUGACGUAAUCUAUCAGGGAUCAAAGAGGAACAAAAAUCUACACAUGUCUAUCAGAUGGGAAAAGAUUCUGGUUUAAUGAUUAACGACUUUAAUUUUGAGCAGGGUAUUAACCUCUGCUCAAUUUUGAUCACCACACUUCAUUAACCUAUAAAGCCCAAUGAUGUCUUUUUUCACAAGAAAAAUAAGGGAUUUGUCCAGUUGUGUUUCCACGUACCGAAACCAGAAAUCUUUCAUGCAGAUAAUUGGAAAUGGGGUAUCCCUGCUUUAAAGUACAGGACAAUCACACUAGAUGUGCGUGGCAGUGAUAGAAAGCUGUAGUCCUUGGUAAGGUACUGUCUGCAUGCUAAACAUACAUUUGGGACUGAGGUAAUAAGAAAGAAAAUACAUGGAA